GUGUUCUUAACACAGAAAUUCAACAAGGCAAUACCAAGUAUAGCAACCUUCUAUAUUUUGGCUCAGAGGUUCAACCACAUGCUACAGUUCUGGGAUUUGAAACACUCUCAAGAGGUUUUACCGGUUGUUUGGAUGUUGUUCAGCUUUGGGGCACACCUGUUCCAUUACACUCUUCUAGUGCAAGUACAUAUGCUGGCCUCAAACGUUUAGCUAAUGUUCAAUUCACAUGUGGACCACCUUUGCCCCCUGGUCCAUGUAGUCAUCACCCUUGUUUGAAUGGUGGAACAUGCCGAGAUGAAAAUGACCCAUCCAAUAUAGAGGGCUUUUCAUGUUUGUGUGUUGAACGUUUCAAUGGUGUUCGAUGUGAAAGAGAGACAACUCCAUGUGCAUCCUCUCCGUGCUUGUACGGAGGACGUUGUAUUGCUCUACCAGGUGGAUCAUACAGAUGUGAAUGUGAAGAAGGACUAAGUGGUAAGAGAUGUGAGUAUGGACACUUCUGCUCUCCCAAUCCUUGUGGCAACGACUUGCCCUGCAAAGAGGGGGAUGAAGGUCCUCUAUGCAAAUGCUUAGUGGGUUUCACAGGAGAGUUGUGCUCCCAAGAUAUUGAUGAGUGUGCGUCGUCACCUUGCUAUAGUGGUGCGACUUGUGUGAACCAGCGAGGAACAUUCUACUGUGUCUGUCCCAUAAAUAUGACUGGUAUUGAUUGUGGUACUAGUGUCUUCCAUACUUCCAUAACAUCAUCUAUUUACAAUGUUACUUGGGAUGAAAUUCUGGGUAUUACAGUUACUCUCUUCCUCAUCAUCUUUUCGGUUGUGGGCUGUAUCUGUUAUCGUAGGUUUCGUAUAAAUAGACAAAACAACAGAGGUGGAAGUAACAUAAAUAAUGGGACAAAUAAGGAUAUGGUUCUUAAUUCAACACGUCUCACAAACUCUGAUUUUAAAAGAAGCUCUAAGCUGAGUAACCUAGAAGUUAGUCAGAGAGAGCCAUUGACAUGUCCUGCUCGGCCAGCGUCCUUUACUCCCAGCACUCACCAUGAGCAGUAUAUUGCAGCUACCUUAAACAAUUUAGAUACUUUAAGGAGCUAUGGUUCUGCCGGGGAUGAGUUAGAAAAUGUACCUGCUGAUUACCUUCGUAACUUAAACAGGCAAUCUCCUAUGAAUGUUGUAGGUGCCCCAAUUCAACUCCCUUUGAGUGAAAUGAGCAAGUUGAAUAAUGGAGGUAAGGCAGCAGAAGACUGCUAUCGUUCUCCAGGAUACCAUUGGGACAUUUCAGACUGGUCUCGACCAUGCCAGCCACCACUUCCGAACAUCACAGAGGUUCCGGGUAGUGAAGUGCCUGACUCCAGCAGUUUCCACAGUGAUGAGAGUAAUGAAGGCAGACCAAAUCUUAGCGUCACAUUACCCUCAAUGGGUGAAACUAUCAACGGCCUACGUGAUAUGGAAACAUUAAACGAAGAAGACUGUGUUGAUGACUCUGAGGACAUUGAUGCUCACAGCUAUUUGCUGCAUCCGAACAACAAUUUGCCUCACAACCCACUGCCUGAGUCUGACGAUGAAGAUGUUUCCCCAUACAGCUAUAAUGGACACCACCAUCAACGAACAUCUUUACUCAGAAGCCAAAGUGAUCUUUCUACCAAUUUGUGUGAUAUUGAUGAUUCUGAAGUUGAAGGGGCUGAUAUUCAUCGACCAUGGACUAAGGUCACCCAAACAUCUGUAUGACAACAGCAUUGCUGGGAACCUCCCAGCUCAUUCAUGCAUUUCAAAGACAUGGCCAUUGCCGUUUAUUAGUGAUUAUGAAUUGAAAAUGAAAUGCUUUGAGUAUCCCCUUUAACUUUUGCUUUAGUCUGUAAGGUUUUAAAUUAAUCUCACAACCAAAAGAAGCCUUUUCUUGCAUUUGUGGCUGUAAAAAUAGGUUUCUUUUAAAGAAUGUUUGCUAACUUGUUAACUUGUAUAUUUCGAAGCUAAAAAUAUCUAUGCUGGGGCCAUUAGAAUGUGGUGCAUCUCCUAUUUUCUGUGUCUGAUUAAUAUAAUAUCACUGGCUUGCCAGUUGAAAAAAAUUCUACUUACAUUCUUAUUGCAGUAUUAAUUUCUUUAAAAGACUGCUUUCAUUACUUUAUCUUUGACCAAGUGUUUUAUAAUUUUCCUCUCUUGAUGGAAUUGUCAGUUUUGUUAAAUGGCAAGUGAACUGUUGUAAUCAGUGCCUUCUUGUAAAAUGAGAUCCCCCUCCAUUAGCUUUCUAGUGUUUGAUCUCAUUCAUUUCUUAAAUUAUUAAGCUUCAGUUGAGAAAAGAAAAUUGUUUUGAGUGGGGUAGCUAGAGAAGACUGACUGUGUCAUCAGGCAAACAGUCUGAACAGAUUUGCCUUGUUGUACACCAAUGUGUGAUGAGAAACUUUAUUUGGUUAGCCAUUCAAAUAAUUGGAAAUGAAAGGACUGAUAAGGA